AUGCUCGCAAUGGUCAUCGAGAUUCCUUCCUUCUUGCUGGUAAUAUACGCAACGAUCAAGAGUCCGUUUCAUUAUAAUUUGACAUUCAUCGGUCUUUUUAUGCUUUCGGGUUACUAUGUCUUCUUAGUUGGUCGAUUCAUCACUUGUCUCUAUGAAAUUGGAGUACUAGCAUUGACAGAUGAAAAUGAAGAGAAUGAAGUUUAUCCAAUGUCCCUCGUCAUUGGUUCUCUGAUGCAGUUCUUUUAUAUGGGAUGUGCUUGUGGAAUGUAA